GUCUCUACUCCUCCAGCAACAUAUACAAAGAGUCUGUUAAUAAGGUUACUUUCAAACGUAUAACCAUGAAGAGCAUCUUCUUUGCCGUCCUCUUCCUCCUCUCCUUCCUCUUCUGCCUCGCCAACGUUAACAAGGCUGCAGUUCCAUGCAGCACCGUGGACGCCAAGGCUGCUGCUUGCGUUGGGUUCGCCACAGGCAAGUACCCAAAACCCUCUUCAGCAUGCUGCAGUGGGCUGCAACAGCUUGCUCAAACUGCGAAAACAGUUGAUGACAAGAAAGCUAUUUGCAGGUGCUUGAAGGCUAGCUCCAAAUCUAUGGGAAUUAAAGAUCAGUUCUUGAGCAAGAUUCCUGGAGAUUGCAACAUCAAUGUUGGGUUCCCAAUCUCCACCAGCACCAACUGUGAAACGAUUCACUAGAUUAAUUGCAAUGGAACUAGAGAGACAAGAGGGAGUUCAAAUAAAACAGUAUAGGUCCUCUAACGUAUGAAUGUGGUCCUUCUUAGAUCCUAUACUUUGUACCUUAAUAAUCAUGUUGCCCAAUUUGGUUGUUUUGGCAUCAAUUCAGCUCCUCUUUCUUGUCAUUUUUCAUUCUGUAUUUGCUAUAUUGGUGGUUUUUCCUCCUCUC